AUGGCCAAGAAUAUCAAUGUCACAAAAGACAGAACCCGGCGAGAAAUGCGACAUUACAUCAGCGAAAGAAUUGAGUCCUGUCCUACAGAUGAGAGGCCUGUCAAAGGAACUUGCCCUGAGCUAGAGAAGAGACUUGUAGAUACACUCUGCAAUAAAGCUGAUGGAAUGUUCCUCUGGGCCAAGCUACAACUUACCUUUUUCCUUAACGCUAAACCGCCUAUUAUCUUUCCGCAAGACUUCAAUCAACAUAUCGAAAGCCUUGAAGAACUACUUGUGAACGCAUCAUCCCUUAAAGACAUAUAUGCGAGAAUCCUCGCAAGAAACUCCGGAGCAGGAACUUACGCACGAAAGACAGCAGAGUUCAUCCUCCAAUGGAUGAUAUGUACAUUCCGCCCCCUAGACGAGGCUCUCUUGACACAAACUCUCGCAGUAACGAACCUGUCCCUAAAGGAACAGCCCGGGCAAGAAACAUACCCCAAAGUCAAGCCUGCCCAGUAUCUGCCGCUUGUGCAGGACCUGGUAAUCAGCGGUGCUGGUGGAUCUUUGGUAUUCACACAUUCUACUGUGAGGGAAUACCUACAGGAAAUCCACAAAGCUGUUUACAGCAAUUAUGCAUGUCACGCCCGGGUAGCAGCUGUCUGCCUAGACUUCCUGACUAAACCACGUCAAGCUAUGGGAGGUUACAUUCGAUUAAUUCAGGAUCCGGAGAGACAGGAGUACAUGUUCCGUCAUACAGCUACGAAAGACAAUUGGGCACUAUAUGCAUUCAAUUACUUCGACAAGCAUUACAAAGCUUCGAGCGUAGAGCAGCGUCAAGAACAAGGCGUCCACAGCCUCUUGAUCACUUGGGUCGUCGAACAAGGCUGUGACUUCCAACUUUCAGAUUGGCUUGAAGCAAAAGGUAGACGCAGCGGCAUUAUAGCAGAGGAACUUGAGUACAUGGUUGUACUUGGUGCGGUUGACAUUGCUGAAGCACUACUUUCGUCAUCGAAACAUGACGCGUGUUGCAAAUCCCACGAGUCCAUACAUAGGUGCUUGAAACUAGUCAAGUAUGCGUGCCGAGGUCGCAAAGAUCUGUUCCAUCUUUUAGCAGAGCUUCUCUGCGACGACCGUCAAUAUCAGACCGACGAUAUGAUCUACAGUGCUUUACAGACCGUUCAAGAGAUCUUUCGAACUUCAAUCCCAGCCAAGCAUGUGGACAAAAAAGUCGUCGCAGAAUUGCUGAAGAUUGCGAUUCGAAUACCGGCUGGUAGCUGUUCCGUGUACUCUCAGGCCUUGAAAGUUGCCGCAAAUUACCACGAUAAGGAAGCUCUCGCUCAGCUGCACCAGAAAGCCCUCAUCUUACCUCUUCAAGGUGGGGCUUUUCUUUUCGAAGCCUUGUUAGUGGCUGUAAAGAGUAAGGAUGAAAAGAUGGUCGGACGAUUGAUGGGAGAAAUCAGAAAGCACCAUCUUGAGCAUGGAUACUUUGUAUUGGACGCGUUGGCUGUAGCUGCUGAAAACAGAUGCACAGAAAUCGUCAAAGCACUUUUGGAACCCGCUACAAAAGAAGUUUUCUCAGGCCGUAUCCACAAAUCUCUGCAGGACUUGGUGGAUCGGAGCGCAAGACCAGAAUUACGCGAGAAGGAAGAUCAUUGCAGCAUAAACACCUUUUUGCGUAAGAAGAUCGAAAGCGUUGCCCGCGCAGAACUCGACGUAGCUGCAAUCACUGGGAAACAGCAGAAAGUAAUCAAGGUGCUGGAGGGCAAAUUGUAUGAUUUCGAAAAUCUCUACGUCGACGUGCUUAUUCGAUGGGCGCUCGGAAACCGUCUGAUCUCCAGGUUAAAGAUGCUGAAGAGAGAGAGGGAGAGAAAGAGAGAGAGGAGAGAGAGGGCACAGGGCGGUCGAGUUGGGUAG